UAGAGGUUAAAAAUACAAACUUCUCACUUGUUAUGGGAUGAAGAUCAAAAGUUUACGAUAUUUUCGAUACCCUGUACUACAAUUCUGUGUUAUAAUAAUUUGUUUAAUCUAUGGUGAAAUCAUACAUCCGUAUAUUUCAUUGAACGCAUGGACACUGCCUCAUACCAAACCAAGUGAAGAUGAAGUGAGGAUUCUGCUCAUAGCCGAUUCCCAUAUUGAAGGCUAUCAUUCGAAUCUCUGGAUUCUCAAUGAAAUACUACAGGCUGACAGUGAUAAGUAAAUUGCAAGUUACUGAAAAUACUAUACUAGUUAUCUUCGAUUUUAUUUCGUAAAAGCUGUACAACGAACAAAUCCUAAUGGUGUUAUGUUUUUGGGAGAUCUCCUGGAUACAGGAGACACAUCAUUAGAUUCAGAUUUCAUACAUGCUACAUCACGUUUUCGAAAGAUAUUUCUUUCUGAGAAUGAUUUAUUUGUCAUUUUAAGUCCUGGAGAUAAUGAUAUCGGCGGUGAAGGAAAUCUUAUUACACAAAAAACGUUAACCCGUUUCUUUGCUAAUCUACCUGUUAAAUAUGGAAAUUACAAAUAUAAAUUUGUCAAUGUCUAUUCAGAUUAUAGGAAGCCUGAAAUCAGAUCUAAAAUUUCAGAUGAAAAUUCUGAUGAAAUUAAUAUAUAUGUCAGUCAUUUUCCAGUUAUCUCUCAGGAAUAUGUCCAGUUCCCUUUGAAUUUACUUAAAGCAAAUGCCUCUUUGAGUAUUCAUGGUCAUCUUCACAGAAGUCAAAUUAUUCAUUGGAAAAAUACUAAGAAUUCUGAUAAUGCACAAUCAAUUGUUUCAUGGAUUCAAACUCCACAAUUAUCAAGUAUAUCAUCAAAACCAUUAAACUUUAAAUUAAAUGAUAAUUUAAAAUUAUUAGAAAUUAAAGAACAAUAUACACUUAAAAGUCAAUUCAAAGUAUAUGGUGAAUUAAUUUCUAUUGGUGUACCAUCAUGUACAUAUCGUUCAGGUUAUCCUCAAAUAACUGGUAUAGGUUUAUUACAAUUAUAUAAAAAUAAAUCUAUCAUUUAUACUGUAUUACCAUUACAUAAUCGUUAUUUUACGAUUUUUAUUUAUUGUUUAUUAAUUACUAUAUUUAUAGGAAUAAAGUUUACUUUUUAUUGUACGACUAUGUUAUUUAAAUUUAAAUAUUGGCGAAAGAUUUUCGUGUUGACUACAAUUAUCUUAUUACUAUUAUUAAUCUUUAUUGAAUGUGAAGUAUUUAUUCGAAUUGGAAAAGUAUUUUGAUAUGAUUUCUUAGAUAAACAUGAAACUCGUUUUUGUUGAUUUCAUUUAUAUUUUGGGAUAUGUUUGCAUGAUUGCUAACAUUUUUUCUUUUAUUUGGUAUAGUUGUAUUGAGACUUAACUACUCAGGAAUGUAUAUUUUACACUUUUGUUGUUGUUGUUGCUAUUGUUUUUAUCCACUCUUCACAAUCUUUAUUGUUGCAUUGAAAUAAACUGCUUGUUACUUAAGUGUAAAAUCUGUGAUCUACGUAUUUUUUUCCCUAUUGAUUGCAAUCAGUUUUUCAUUAGAUUCCUAGAUUUAAACCGUUUUUUUAAAUCUAACUUUAAAAGUAUUUUGUAUUAUAUGUGUCUUUGAUAGUGACAUUGAUGAAUUGUAUUAUGUUAAUGUGGAAUAAAUUAUUUAAAUGAAAUAGUUUAUUCAUAAAUAAUUGAAGCAACUUAUUUAUGAGACUUUACAUAUAUCUAUGUCUAUUCAAAACUAUAUCAUGAAUCAAAUGAGUAUUAUAAGCAAUAUUUUCAUUUUAUUUUAGCUUUAUGGAGUACAAAUGAAUAUGGUAGCUGAUAUCAUGGAAAGAAGUCGAGUGGUUAAGG